CCCUUCUCUGCUGCAAGAAUCUCCGCCGUCUCCUCUAAUACAACCAACCAACUAGUCUUCUGGGCUUGCUUUAACCAGCUUCACUCCCAAGACGGAGAGAGAGAGAGGGAGGGAGGGAGAGCGAGAGAGUGAGACAAGGGGGCAGGCAAAGAUAGAGUUUGCAUUUAACGAAAGAGAGAGGAGAGUGAGUUACUAUUGUGUGUUCUUGCUGGAACUUGUGCGAUUGUUUUAUACAUUUUUAUUGCAGGGGUUUUACCGAGAUAAAAGACUGGCUUUUUUGUUUGGAAAGUCCGCUUUUUCUCUCUCCCCUCCCCUUACCCUGCCCAUCAGUUGAUAUUGUUGCAUUUACCGGUUGUAAAGAUCCCCCGAAAUACAAGGGAGGGAUGCCACAGUUAAACGGCGGUGGCGACCCGGAGUUGGGUGCGAACGAUGAGAUGAUUUCGUUUAAAGACGAGGGCGACCAAGAGGAGAAAAUCCUGGCGGAGAUCAGUGGCAGCGAGGAGCGAGAUCUGGCCGACCUGAAGUCGUCGCUGGUCAACGAGUCGGAGAUUAGCCCCGGCAACGGACAGAGCGGCGACGGCGGCAACUCACGGGGGUCCGAGGUGGGAAGGCGGUUGCAAGUUAUCGAGGAUUCCUAUCGGAAUAAAAUCCGCCGCCCGGGCACAGAGGAGGGGAAGCGGCUGGAUGGGUCGAUGGUCCCGGGAUUCUGCGCUUAUCAGCCCAGUUAUAUUAUGAUUCCCAACCUCAGCAACGAGCCGUACCUGAACAACAGCUCGCUCUCCCCACCCGGCGUCAGGACGUCAAACAAGGUGCCUGUGGUGCAGCCCUGCCACGCUGUUCAUCCUCUGACACCUCUCAUCACUUACAGCGAUGAGCACUUUGCGCCAGGAUCUCACCCGACACAAAUCCCCACAGACACCAGCUCUAAGCGAGGCAUGCACAGGCAUCCCCCUGGCCCCGAUAUCCCCACCUUCUAUCCCCUGUCUCCAGGAACUAUCGGACAGCUCACUCCUCCUCUCAGCUGGUUUUCACAUCCCAUGGUUCCUACACAUCCAUCUGGUAUUCCCCACCCAGCCAUGGAGAACCACCAAAUCAAGCAGGAACCCAUGCACAGCGAGAUUGAACUCAUGAACACAAAACCUCAGCACGAAACGAGGAAAGAACAGGAGGCCAAAAAACCUCACAUCAAGAAGCCUCUUAACGCCUUCAUGUUAUACAUGAAGGAGAUGAGAGCGAACGUGGUAGCAGAGUGUACAUUGAAAGAGAGUGCCGCUAUCAAUCAGAUUCUUGGGAGGCGGUGGCAUGCCUUGACUCGUGAGGAACAAGCCAAGUACUAUGAACUGGCUCGCAAGGAACGGCAACUUCACAUGCAGCUCUACCCGGGCUGGUCUGCACGUGAUAACUAUAAGGGAAAGAAGAAGAAGAGGAAACGUGAAAAGAUGCAGGAGACCACUUCAGGCCACUCGCCCAAGCUCCUCCUCCUACAACCUGGCGAGCAGGAUGGGUUAGGCCACAGGCUCCUCCGAGACUGUCAGCAGCGGUGCUCCAUCAUCAGCCAGCAGAAAGCACAGGUCAAGUGGGCCGAGCCGGACGAUGGCAGCUAUUUCCCUCCACCGGACAUGGAACGCCUCACGUCCAAGUGGUGCUCCAUCUAGCAGCCCACCUGAAAACUGGCACAC